AGGGAAAGAGAGAGAGAGAGAGAGAGAGAGAGAAAGAGAGAGAGAGAGAAAGAAAGAAAACGAAUGAGAUGCAUUUAAUCCACGCGUCUAUGAAACGUCAGAACGUACGGAGACGUUCCGUCGAGCUGUGAAAUCCUUUCGACAGCGUGAUUCUGGUUGGUCACAACAUUCGACACACAUAUAUAGUAUAUUAGUCUCUUCUUUCCUAUGCAUUAUUUUCUGAUAAUCAGAGGGAUCUCGCGACGUAUCGUUUCAUUGGUGGUAUCGUCCAAGAAAAAGAGACAAGUAAUACAAAGGCUAAGGCCCUGGGAAAAUGGCCGAAGGAAGGAAGAAGCUGGUGCAGUCAACGAAAACUCUUUAUAAAUUGAGCGUCUCUGCGAUAGCUGACAGAUUGCUCAUAUACAGAAAACAUCUCGUUUAUUUACCUGAGAACGUCCUCUUCGAUCUCUAUUAUCAGUUAUACCAGGAAAGAAGACUAUGUUUACUAGGAGUGGAAUUUGGAGAAUUGGAAACAUUUUCUAGGAUGCUCAAUGUCACAAAUCGUCGUGUACAUUUAUUACAGAGCUUUCAGGCCCUUAUGGAUCAUGGGACAAUGGUUGGUAAAGAACUAGCGAUCGGUUAUGAUAUUUGCUGCAUUCGCGCUGAGGAACACAUCGAAGCUCACGAUAAAGUAAUAAGUGUGGGUUUACGCCUUGGUGGAUUUCUUAGCGACGCUGGAUGGUAUACCGAAAGCGAAAGGGUUUUGUUAGCUUGUAAGAAACUGUCUAUUGUGGACGAGCCAACCCUUGAAAAUUUAUGUCGUACAUUAAAAUGUUGUUGCAAAUUGUUACACGCGCAAGCAGCAUAUUAUACAUUUCAUGGAGCAGCUGAAACGUACGAACUUGCUUUGAAUAUAAUACAGCAACUAAGAUGCGGAGGAUACACGGACAAUAAUUAUGCAGCAUUAUAUGGAGAAUUUAGCGUACUUUUUUUUAUUAGAAGCGAAUAUGAUGAAGCAUAUAAGUGGGGUAUAAAAGCGUUAAAACAAUUAAAACCAUCAUUACCGCCACGGGUCAUAAUUGAUGUUUUAAGACAAGUAGCAAAAUCGUGCGUAAUCAAACGAGAAUUUCAAAAAGCUGGUCUAUUAAUCAGACAAGCGGUUUAUCUUGCAAAAGAAAUUUUUGAUACCGAUCACCCAAAAUAUAGUGAUGUUUUAAUAGAUUAUGGAUUUUACUUAUUAAAUUACGAUUGUAUUGUAAAUAGUGUGUCUGUUUAUAAGGCUGCACUAGACAUUAGAAAAGCAAUAUUUGGUAAAACCAAUCUCCACGUUGCAUUGGCACACGAAGAUUUGGCAUAUGCUUUAUACGUUCGAGAAUAUAAUUCAGGAAAAUUUCAAAAAGCAAGUGACCAUGCCGGCAAAGCCAUAGAUAUAAUGGAAAAACUUUUUGCUGGAGACCACAUUAUGUUAGCAAGUGCAAAAAGAGUAAAAGCAUUAAUACUUGAAGAAAUAGCAUUAGAUAAUGCCCCAAUGCCUUUGUCGGAACAGACUUUAUUGCAAAAAUCGGAAUGUUUGCAUUUAUCUGCCUUACAACUUUCUAAAACAACAUUUGGUGAAAUAAAUGUCCAAACAGCAAAACAUUAUGGCAAUUUGGGUCGCUUAUAUCAAAGUAUGAGAAAAUUUGAGGAAGCAGAAGCAAUGCAUUUAAAAUCUAUAAGUAUAAAAGAAGAAUUAUUAGGACCCGAAGAUUACGAGGUUGGUUUAAGUGUGGGUCAUUUAGCCUCAUUAUAUAAUUUCCACAUGAACCGAUAUAGAGAUGCAGAAAAACUUUAUUAUCGCAGCAUCGCAAUUAGUUUAAAAUUAUUCGGAAAAAGUUAUAGUGGCUUGGAAUAUGACUAUCGUGGACUUCUACAUGUUUAUACAAAAUUAGAUGAACGUGAUAAAGUGUUAAAGUAUACUGACAUUUUUAAUCAGUGGAAAGAACUUAGAGAUAAAUACGCGCAAUCAGAAGAUCAGCCUAUUGAUCUUCAAAAACGACCACAGCCAAUCGAGGAAGUAGUUAGUACGUUUUUUUCUAUGUGAUACUAUAUUAAGCCAAUCAUCUAAUGUUGAUUAUUUUCAUUUAUUUUUAUCGUUAGUUUAAUUAUCACUUGUUAAUGUUUUAUUUGUAAGGAUCUCUUACGUAUGAUCUAGAAUUUAUUCAAAUUUUUAAAACUACCAAUUCGUAAAUCAGUCUUCAUUAAAUGCUCUAUCUAUUGAUCGGUGAUCCACUCCUAUUACUACAAUUACACGAAGAAUAAUUUUUUUUUUUUUUUAAAUGGAUAUAACGGAGCAAUAUAUAAACUAGCAGUUCUGUGAACUAUCGAAUGAAUUAUACGUAUACUGCGUCAUAUUGAAAUGUCCUUAAAUGUUCGAUUAUCCGUUAUUACACUUUUGCACAUCCUACGGUUAAUAUAAUUAUAAUUACAUUUAUAGGAGUUCCUGUUAUUGAUUUCAAACCAAUAUAUAUAUUAGUUAUAAGUUCAAUAAUUUUUUUUUUCUCAUUAUAAUUUGUAAUUUUAGUAUAAUUUGUAUAUAUGUGAUUGUAACAUAUGUUACAAGGUACAUAGAUGCCUUUUUUAUGUACUGUCUUUUACUUACGCAAAAGAUUUAUGUAUUUAUUUUUAAGAAGCUAUUUCCCGAAAAAAUUUAUAUUUAAUACCGUUUGCACUUAUAGUAAAUUAACAAAUUAAAAAUAAUUAUAUAGACGGGA